GACACUACACAGUGUCAUGGAACGCCCCCUUUUCUGCUCCUAUGUAAAACCACCCGUGACAAAAUGUACAUUAAACCAGAAAACAUGGAAGCUGUCGCUAUUUGUUGAAAUGGUUGGCAACUCUACCAAAGGACAAGACCAGCGAACAUGGAGAUCAUUCCCACGUUGAAAUGGCUAAGAAAUCUACACACUAAAGAACAAUUAUUCAGGCUGCAGCUGUUUAAGUACUAUAGUCUGGUAAAUGCAACCGGUCGAAUGACCGAAUGGUACGCUGACGUAUCCAUUAUAACAAGCUACAACCAGAGACUUUGAUCUCUGGUGGACAAACUAGAGACUUUGUGUCGACAAUCUAUCCAGCAGACGGACUGGCGAUCGCAGAGAGGGACAACAAAGGCAUACACUUAAAAUAUCUGAAGAGUUAUAUUUGGGAAAUUGCAACUCUAUAAACAACAUUUUCCUGUGGUGCCCCAACUUCUUAGUUAGUUACUAUUCUGUAAACGAAUCACGGAAUAGUAAUUAAUUAGAAAGUUGGGGCAAUAAUUACACAGAUAAUUGAUUUGAUAAUAUAACAGUCUUCACAUUUAAUGACAGCAAACGUUGCGACACACCCCAUGCAUCCUAUCGGUACGCGCAUGCGUGGCAAUUACCUUGUACCGAGAGUUUGUGAGUUCUAACAUGUAAACUAAGGACCUAAUUUUUUUUCUUCAUAAAAGCACAUGGAUGUGUAUGAAACAGGCAAACAAAAACGUCGGAUUUUGUCAUAUAUGCAAAAAUAUGAGACUGGGCUUACUGAGUCAGUAGACAUGGAGGAUGGGAAGCCUGAUCUGCUGCUGGUCAAAGAGGAGACAAUAGAAGACGAACCAGAGAGCAUUGAUCUGCUGAGCGGACUAAAGAUGGGGGCGCAAGGAGACUGGGUGGCCAUCUUGGAUACCCAGACCAGUGCAGCCAAGAGCCCAGGGGACAACAUCAUUGAUCAGGGCAGGACCAGAGGUGAUAUAGUGGAGUCUGCAGCCCAUGAAGACCUGCUGAUAUCCAGUGUUACUGGUGGGAGAGAGUGGACCUCUGAGGUGGCUGGCCAUAAACCCUGGACCCGGAUCAGGACCCUGGAUCAGGAGCCUUCGCUCUUCAUUCCCGAGUCGGAACCAGGACACAAUCGCGAAGUACAGAGACUCCACCACACAGAACACAACCAGUGGACAGGUGGACUGAACAACCUCAGUCCUGGUGGUCAUCAGAGAGACAGAGGCUCCAGUCAGGGAUCCAGUCUGCAGUCCAGACCCUUCUCUUUACAGUCUCAGUGCAGGGAUGAAGCAGGGCCUGGAGCUGAUAGGGAUAGACCCUCCUGUUCCUAUGAUAUGAACAGAGCAGGUCAACCUGGGCUUCAGCCUUCACAGAGAGUGGUGGGAGACCCCCCUGGUGGUAGUUUUUCAGCAAGUCUGUCUUCUCCUUCAGGUUCUCAUCUAAUGCCUAGUGACUGGGUUCAUGGAAAGCCUGGGCCUGGGUCUAACCUUCCUCAGUUUCCUCCUGGUUACCCCACCAAUACAGACAGGGUCAGAAUGGGUGUACAACAUGAGAGGUACCUAGCCUAUAACACAUCACAUAAUCCCAACAACACCCAAACAAUGGCUAGAGGUCAGGGAGGGAGCUCAAAGACUAACAAUCUGAGGGUGGUUCUACCUGCUUCUACCUCCUCUGGUGUCAUUGGGUCACAACAUGGGAGGCCGAGCAUUAGGACGGAUGCAGACAAGCCGUAUGCCUGCCCCACAUGUGGGAAGAAUUUUGCUAAGGCAAAAUAUGUGAAGCAGCACCAGACCAUUCACACCAAUGAGAGGCCCUUCAAGUGCAAAGUAUGUUACAAGAGCUUCUCCUUCCUGAGUAUCCUUAUCAGACAUAAGAGUGUCCACAAUGGGGAGAAAUCGUAGCAGUGUGGCUUGAGGUUUACGCAGGGGAUAUCUGGGAACUAUUCUUUAGCUUAAAUAUUAUUGUUAUCAUGUGAAGUGUCUUGGGGUAAGAGAGUUUUUUGGAUUACUAAGUCCCUCAGUAUUUGGGCAUGCUGUCUUUCUCACAGGAUACAGACUUCUUGUUUGGUGUGCUGGCAUAGCUAUAACACUGUCAUUUAAGUCUAACACUAUAUUCACACUUUGAAUUUGGUUUUGCCUGUGUACUAUUCAUAACAAAAAUAAUGUCCCUCUUUUAUAUAACACCUUUAUAACACACCCCUACCCCAAAAAUUAUUUGGCAUAAUCAAGAGGCAUCUGUUUCUUUAUGUACUAAAAAUAGAUGAUCUGUUAUGGUUUUCUUGCGGUGAAGGAGAGGAGGACCAAAAUACAGCGUGGUUAUUAUUAUACAUCUUUAAUAAAGAUGAAAACGAACAAUACAAAAACAAGAAACGUAACGUGAAAACCUAAACAGCCUAUACUGGUGCAGACUAACACAGAGACAGGAACAAUCACCCACGAAACACUCAAAGAAUAUGGCUGCCUAAAUAUGGUUCCCAAUCAGAGACAACGAUAAACACCAGCCUCUGAUUGAGAACCACUUCAGGCAACCAUAGACAUUUCUAGAAAACCCCACUCUACCACAAUCCCGAUACCUACAAAAAAAACAAGACUAAACACACCACAUAAUAAACCCAUGUCACACCCUGGCCUGACCAAAGUAAUAAAGAAAACACAAAUACUAAGACCAGGGCGUGACAGAACCCCCCCCAAGUUGCGGACUCCCGGCCGCACACCUAAACCCAUAGGGGAGGGUCCGGGUGGGCGUCUGUCCACAGUGGCGGCUCCGGCGCGGGGACGUGGACCCCACUCCAACAAAGUCUUAGUCCCCUUGCAUCGCGUCCUUAGAUUGGCGACCCUCGCCGCCGACCUUGGCCUAGUAACCCUCACCAAGGGCCCCACUGGACUGAGGGGCAGCUCGGGGCUGAGGGGCAGCUCGGGACUGAGGGGUAGCUCGGGACUGAGGGGUAGUUCGGGACUGAGGGGUAGUUCGGGACUGAGAGGAAGCUCAGGGCUGAGAUGAAGCUCAGGGCUGAGAGGAAGCUCAGGCAGGUAGUUGGCUCUGGCAGAUCCUGGCUGGCUGGCGGUUCUGGCAGAUCCUGGCUGACUGGCGGUUCCGGCAGAUCCUGGCUUACUGGCGUAUCCUGGCUGAAUGGCGGAUCCUGGCUGACUGGCGGAUCCUGGCUGACUGGAAGAUCCUGGCUGACUGGCGGAUCCUGGCUGACUGGCGGCUCUGGCGGAUCCUGGCUGACUGGCGGAUCCUGGCUGACUGGCUGCUCCAUGCUGACUGGCGGCUCUGGCUGCUCCAUGCUGACUGGCGGCUCUGGCUGCUCCAUGCAGACUGGCAGCGCUAAACAAGUGGGAGACUCCGGCAGCGCAGAACAGGCGGGAGACUCCGGCAGCGCUGUAAAGGAGGAAGGCUCCGGCAGCGCUGGACAGGCAGGAGACUCCGACAGCGCUGUAGAGGAGGAAGGCUCUGGCAGCGCUGGACAGGCGAGGCGCACUGUAGGUCUGAUGCGUGGUGCUGGCACUGGUGGUACUGGGCCCAGAACACGCACAGGAAGCCUGGUGCGGGGAGCUGCCACUGGAGGGCUGGUGCGUGGAGGUGGUACUGGAUAGACCGGACCGUGCAGGCGCACGAGAGCUCUUGAGCACCGAGCCUGCCCAACCUUACCUGGCUUGAUGCCCACUCUAGCCCGGCCAAUACGAGGAACUGGUAUGUACCGCACCGGGCUAUGCACCCGCACAGGAGACACCGUGCGCACCACAGCAUAACACAGUGCCUGCCCGGUCUCUCUAGCCCCUAGGUAAGCACAGGAAGUUUGCGCAGGACUCCUACCUGGCGUAGCCAUACUCCCUGUGAGUCCCCCCCAAUACAUUUUUGGGGCUGACUCUCGGGCUUCCAUCCGCGUCGCCGUGCUGCCUCCUCAUACCAGCACCUCUCCGCUAUCUCCGCCUCCAGUUCUUCUUUGGGGCGGCGAUAUUCUCCAGGCUGUGCCCAGGGUCCUUUUCCGUCCAAUAUCUCCUCCCAAGUCCAGAAGUCCUGUGAUCGCUGCUCCUCCUGCCGCUGCCUGUCACCACGCCGCUUGGUCCUGUUGUGGUAGGUGAUUCUGUUAUGGUUUUCUUGCGGUGAAGGAGAGGAGGACCAAAAUGCAGCAUGGUUAUUAUUAUACAUCUUUAAUAAAGAUGAAAACGAACAAUACAAAAACAAGAAACGUAACGUGAAAACCUAAACAGCCUAUUUUUUUAUAUAUUUUUUUAUAAUUUAUUACAUUCAAUACCAUUCAUUCUUUACAACUCAUAAUUUUCAUUCAUACUUCAAUAAUGGUAUUUUAAUUUAACUAAACAAAAACCCCAAACAAAACUUCAGGGGAGCAUCUCCCCGUCCCUAAUCUAUCCCCUUACAAAUCUAAAUGACUCCCAGCCCUAAACCCCUACCCCCGGGCCAAACCCGGACAAUGCCGGGCCAAUUGUGCGUCGCCCUAUGGGACUCCCAAUCACGGCCAGAUGUGACACAGCCUGGACUCGAACUAGGGACUAUAGUGACACCUCUUGCACUGAGAUGCAGUGCCUUAGACCACUGCACCACUCAGGACUCAAAAGAUUCUAUGCUUCCAACUUUGUGGCAACAGUUUGGUGAAGGCCCUUUCCUGUUUCAUCAUGACAAUGCCCCCGUGCACAAAGCGAGGUCCAUACAGAAAUGUUUUGUCAAGAUCGGUGUGGAAGAACUUGACUGGCCUGCACAGAGCCCUGACCUCAACCCCAUCGUACACCUUUGGGAUGAAUUGGAACGCUGACUGGGAGCCAGGCCUAAUCGCCCAACAUCAGUGCCCUACCUCACUAAUGCUCUUGUGGCUCAAUGGAAGCAAAUGUUCUUGCAGCAAUGUUCCAACAUCUAGUGGAAAGCCUUCCCAGAAGAGUGGAGGCUGUUAUAGCAGCAAAGGGGGGACCAACUCCAUAUGAAUGCCCAUGAUUUUGGAAUGAGAUGUUUGAUGAGCAGGUGUCCACAUACUUUUUGUCAUGUCGUGUAUAUGUGAGCCUGAAAUGGAAUGAGGCCGACCUGACUGCGAGGCAAGUGCUGGCUGAGGCUGCUGAGCAGCACAGUGAAAUUAGUGUGGAAGGGGCACAGUGCGUCCGAAUGCUGAUUGUUUAUCAAUAAAUUAUUGAGGGGGACGAAUCGAUCCAUUCUGAAUAUUGUGGGUGACAUUAAUAUUUUUGGAAUCAAUGUUUGUUGGUGACAUUAAUAUCUUUGGAAUCAAUGUUGGUAAUACCAUGAUUAUGGAUAGUCAUGAAUGAGUCGUGAUUAAUGAUGAGUGAGAAAGUUACAGAGGCAUAAAUAUCAUACCCCCACCCCCCAAAAAAAAUGCUAACCUCCCCUGUUAUUGGUAAUGUUGAGAAGAUACCAUGUUUGGGGGGUAUUUAUUAGGAUCCUCAUGACUCUACCUGGGGUCCAAACAGGGUUAAAACAGUUACAGUACAUCAAAACACAACAACAGCCUACAUCAUAAAUAAAACAAUACAUCAUACAAAACAUUAUUACAUUAUGAAAAAAUGUACAAUAUAAAAUCCACAAUUCCACAACAUUACAGUGUGUAUGUAUGAGCGUUUCUCUUCGUGUUUCCGGGAGGUGUUUUGUCAUCUUUUUUAAAAUCAGAUUUUACUGCCCUUCUGGCAUGAAUUCUACAAGGUGAUGCAUUCAAACGUUGCUCAAUUCAUAUCAAGGGACCUAACGUGUACCAGGAAAACAUUCCCCACACCAUAACACCAGCCUGUACUGUUGACACCGGGCAGGAUGGAGCCAUGGACCCAUGCUGCUUACGCCAAAUCCUGAAUCUGCCAUCAGCAUGACGCAACAAGAACCGGGAUUCUGUUGCAAUGGCUCAUCCGUGACAAGGACCAAAUAGUUGUGCAUUCCGAGAUGCCGUUCUGCGCCGGUAUUUUCCUGUUUGUGGCCCACCUGUUAGCUUGCACAAUUCUUGCCAUUCUCCUUCGACCUCUCUCAUCAACAAGCUAUUUUUGGCCACAGGACUGCCGCUGACUGGAUGUUUUUUUGUUUGUUGCACUAUUCUCGGUAAACCCUAGACACUGUCAUGCAUUGUAAGCUCAAGAGGCCGGCCGUUUCUGAGAUACUGGAAGCGGCACGCCUGGCACCAACGAUCAUACCACGCUCAAAGUCGCUUAGGUCACUAAUUUUGCCCAUACUAACGUUCAAUCGAAUAGUAACUGAAUACCUCAAUGCCUGUCUGCCUGCUUUAUAUAGCAAGCCAUGGCCACGUGACUCACUGUCUGUAGAAGCAAACCAUUCUUGCGAACGGAGUAUUGUUCCAAAUAAACUGGCCACAGUGUAUUUAGUACUAGCUUAUUGCUUGCCAUCCAUUCUAAAACUGACUGCAGAUCUUUGUUAAGUGUAGUAGGGAUUUCACUUGCUGUGGUAGGUGAUGUAUACUAAUGUUGAAUCAUCAGCAUAGAUAGACACAGGCUUUACUCAAUGCUAGUGGUAGAUAAUUUGUAAAAAUAGAAAAAAGUAUGGGGCAAGACGGUUACCUUGAGGUAUGCCAAGCUCUACCUGGUUUAAGUUUAGAGAGGCUUCCAUUGUCUGUGUUCUGUUAGAUAGGUAACUCUCAAUCAACGAUAUCGCAUAGGAUGUAAAGCCAUAACACAUUUUUUAACCAGCACACUAUGAUCGAUAAAGUCCAAAGCAGCACUGAAUUCUAACAAAAAAGCUCCCACAAUCUUUUUCACAGUAUUUUUUAAAAUUUCUUUCAGCCAAUCAUCAGUCAUUUGUGUUAGUGCCGUACAUGUUACGUGCCCUUCCCUAUAAGCGUGCUGAAAGUCAGAUGUCAAAUUGUUUACUGUAACAUAGCAUUGUAUCUGGUGAAACACAAUUUCUUCCAGAAGUUCACUAACGGUCGGUAGUAGGCUGAUUGGUCAGCUGUUUGAACCAGUAAAGGGUAUUUUGCUCUUCUUGGGUAACGGUAUGACUUUUGCUUCCCUCCAGGCAUGAUGGCAUACACUUACCUGUAGGCUUAGAUUGAAGACAUGGCAAAUAGGAGUGGCAAUAUAGUCAGUACACUACCAUCCUCAAUCAUUUUCUAUCCAAGUUGUCAGUGCUAAGUUGUUUGUCAUUAUAGAUAGAUAACACUACCUUUUCCCCGCUUCCACACUCACAAUAGGAAAUUAAAAGUUACAAUGCUUGUCUUUCAUAAUUUGGUCAUUUAUGCAUGGGUAUGAAGGUUCAGAGUUUGUUGUUGUCAUGCCUAAAUUUGCUAACCUUGCCAAUGAAAAAGUAAUUAAAGUAGUUGGCAAUAUCGGAGAGUUUUGUGAUGAAUGAGCCAUCCGAUUCAAUGAAGGAUGGAGCCGCCUUUUUGCCCAAAAUCUAAUUUAAGGUGCUCCAAAGCAUUUAACUAUCAUCCUUUAUAUAAUUUAUCUUCGUUUCAUAGUACAGUUUCUUCUUUUUGUUUAGUUUAGAUACAUGAUUUCUCAAUUUACAGCACGUUUGACAAUCGGCUGUGCAGCCAGACUUAUUUCCCAUUCUUUUUGCCUUGACCCUCUCAACCAUACAAUUGUUUUAUUCCUCAUCAAUCCAUGGGGAAUUAGACGUUUGUAUAGUCCGUUUCUUAAUGGGUGCAUGUUUAUUAGUAACUGGAAAAAGCAAUUUUAUAAAUGUUUCUCCUCAUUUACACACAACAGACCAGCAAAUAUGAUUUACAUCUUCAAAAUAGGACUCCCUACUCAACCUCAUGUAUGAUUUCUCAUACACAAUUUUAGGCCCAGCCUUUGGAACUUUGGUUUCUGAUCACUUUAUCCGAUGGGUGUGGAUACUUCUUUAGAGCAGAUUUCUGCAGCAUUAGUGAAGAUGUGAUCAACACACGUGGAUGAUUUAUUUCCUGUGCUGUUUGUAUGUAGGUUGAAUGAUUACCUGAACCAGAUUGCAAGCACGGGUUACAUUUGGAAGAUUUUUCUUGAGUGGACAGCUUGAUGAAAACCAGUCAAUAUUUAGGUCACUUAGAAAAUAUACCUCUCUGUUAAUAUCACAUACACCAUUGAGCAUUUCACACAUUAUCUAGAUACUUACUGUUAGCACUCGGUGGUCUACAGCAACUUCUCUUUGUGCCUCUGUAGCUUUCUCCCUCAUCAUUAUUCACAAUUCAUAUUCAUAAUUAUCCAUAAUCAUGGUAGCAUUUAUAUUAAUGUAGCAGUGUUCAGAAACAUAUUCUAUUCUUAAUUACAAUAAAAGUUACUUCAAAAUGA